CUCAUCUCCACUCUCCCCCAAAACCCUAUAGGCUAUAGCGGCAGGGAGAAAGUGAGCACCCACCUCAACCCGCCCGCCGCCAUGGCGCUCCGCCGCAUCACACCGCGGAGGAGACCCGUUCUCCCCGUCCCCCGUGCCUUCUCCUCGAGUCCGCCGUUUCCUCCACCCCCGCCUCCGGCGAACGACCCCGACCCCGACGCCGCCCAACCCCCAUCCUCUUCUCCGCCCCCUAAUUCCGGCGCGCCGCGGAACCCGGAGUCCUCGUUCUUCCAGGACAUCAAAGAUCGCCUCCGUUCGUCUCCCACGUCUCCGUCUCCGCGCCGGAUCCCGACGACCCUGCCCCGCCCCGACCCUGCGCGCGGCGCUCCUUCUUCGGGACCGCCCAUUGGAGACAUCCGCCGGAUGCUCCAGAACUUCCGCUUAACCGGCUCAACCAGCGACGCGCCCUCCACCUCCGCUCCCGGAUCCAACCCCUCCUUCAUGGACCUGCUCAAGAACCACUUGGACCAGGGUGCCAACGCCCGGCAGGCGGAGCUCGGCUUCAAUGCCAUCGGAGAGAGCCUCAAGCGCCCCCGUCCGCCGAAGCCUUUUAUAACCCCUUCGUCGAGAAACAUCUUCUGCCGGGAGCUAGAGAGGACCUCGAAGGCUUUAGGUGCGCGGCAGGAAGAGAAUGGCUCUGCCAUUGAGCUUAAGGGGAGCUACAGCUACGAAGAGCUUGGGAAGAGACUAGGGGAGCUGCGGCCGGCGGGUGCAGGUAAAGACGGUAAGGAGUGGUUCUCGCUCAAGGAGCUGCAGGGGCGUAUCGCCAAGCUCGCGGAGCAGGAGAGCCAGCUUGCCGGGCCGUUUUCGGAAAUGCGGCGGGGCAUUAGGAACCUGCAGAAACAAGGAAAACCGGGUCGGCCUGUAAACAUCCAAGCACUGCUGAACCCUGUCGGUCAGCCGACGCCAGACUACAUGAGUGGGCCUCCGCAGGUGGAAUUGUUAGAGAAGUACUUCCAUCCAGAUCAUAUGUCAUCCGAAGAGAAGAUGAAAUUGGAGCUCCAAAGGGUGAGGGACGAAUUCAAGAUGUCCGAGAAUGACUGUGGUUCUGCACGAGUUCAAAUUGCCCAGCUGACUCUGAAAAUCAAGCAUCUGUCAACUGUUCUACACAAGAAGGAUAAACAUUCUAGAAAGGGGCUUCAGGAGAUGGUCCAAAGGAGGAAGAAAUACCUGAAAUACUUGCGAAGGACGGACUGGGACUCUUACUGUCUUGUUCUGUCAAAGCUGGGGCUUCGCGAUGUGCCCGAGUACAAAGCUCCUGACUACAAGAGCAAAGCAACCACCAAGGCCAAAUCUAAGAAGAGCAAGAGCAAGGGCAAGAAGAGGAAGGUGAAGGCAUAAAAGUAGCGAACAAAUAUGCCCUGUUUUUGGUCUUGAAUUGCAUGCUCAGAAAAUGAAUCGAGAAGACGCUCAGGCCUGAGAUGGCUUGAUCCAAUCUUGCAAUGCUGUUUUUUUUGCAUGGUCAGAAAAUAAAUCGAGAAGACGCUCAGGCCCCAAUUGGCUCGAUCCAAUCUUGUAAUGUUGUUUUCGAAGCUGUUUGUAAUAACCAUUUCACUGAUUCGGUCCAGCCUUCAAACAAUCGCCUUUUAGUUCUCCCCCUCAA